AUGGAAGACGAACAAGAUAAUUUGAAAAAUAAUAUUCAAGAUGAACCAUUAGCAAAUGAAGUACGAACGAAAGAAGGUAAAGAUAAAUUACAUACAAAUGAUAAUGAAGAUUUUACUUGUGUUAUGCUUAGUAAAACAUCUGAAUGCAAGGAAUCAACAAAUAUAUCUGCUGUAAAUAUUGUUGUUCCUAAUCCAUCACAGUGCAAAGAAGAAGAAGAAAAAGAAACAUGUGAAGAUAAAUUUAUUUAUAAAACAAUACAUGAUAAAUCAAAAGAAGGACCAACAAAAUCUGGUGGUAAACAAUUUGAUAAUGUUAUUCGUGAACAAGCAAAAAUAAAACAAAUUCAUCAUAGUAGUUGUGGAAAACCUGUUCAUGAAACUGGUAAAUUAUUAACAACUGAAAACAAUUGUAUAGUAAAUAAUAUUAAAAAACUUACAUUAUAUGAUGUGGUACCAAUGACUAAUUUACUCAUCAUAGCAAGUGAACAAGCAAUAACUCGAUCACAUGAACGAGGAAAUUUUAUGGAAGGUAAAUUAAUUGAAUUAAAAGAAGAUUUAAGUAAAACACAAAAGAAGAAAUAG